UCUCUAUGGUACCAUCUUGAGGCUUGUGCGCAUGCUCCACGCAACGCACUUCCCGUUUGGGAAAUUGGCCACGGGGAGUGGGCGGAAAUUUCCUCCUCUCGCGAGCGUAGCCGUUCGCGGUGGCCGGGCGCCGCGUGGUUUUGCGCGUUGCAUUGCGGGAGCUCCUUCCUUUCCUCGCUGCCCGGCCAUCUUGGAGGUGCUUCUCUGGUAAGCGGGUCUCCCCAGGGUUGGGUGAGGGGGAAAAGCCGAGUUCGCGGGGGGCGCAGCAGGUGGGACUGGAUACGGUGGGACGUUAAUUCUCUAUCGCCCCCCUCCCUGUUUUCUUUGGCGCAGGUAACGGCAGAGCCGACGUGAGCCGACAGGAUGGUGGCCGCCAAGAAGACGGUGAGAGGAAGAGCCGGGCAUGGGGGGCAGCAGGAGGGCGGAAGGGGCCUCGUGUGGGGAAAAGCAGAAACGGGAGGAGACGAGGGUGAUCUUCGGGGCGAGGAGCCUGUGAAACUUGGGGCCAAACCUGGUUGUAGAGUCAUUAAUUUUUAUUUAAUCGUUGUCGGAUUCUAAUUUAUACAUCGCGUUUUUUAAAAAUAUUGUCUUGCAUGAAAGCACAGCCUAAUGUCGUUUAUUUGGUGGAGCGGUAUGAAUUUCAUAAAUUGUAUGUUCUUGGUUCCUUGCAGCUCAUAGGCCUUUGCCAAUCCAGUACUUCACUGUUAGUUUCCUAGACUUUUGCUAGUAGACGUGUGUGCAAGGAGUACUGCUGUGUUUUUCUUCUAUACAUAAGGAGCUGCCUGUGGCCUAUUUGCACAAUGGUGGCUUUAUAUGAAUUUAUCUCUCCGUAUGAUGAGUUGAAUAUAAGGUUGCAGGAGAGUGAUGUUGCAUGUGGCCUCAGCUUUUCUGCUUAAUCAAAUGGCAGUGAAGUUGGGUUGUUUUCAAGAAUGACAGGUGUAUAAAUUUUGGGUGAGGCAUGCAUUUUCUGUCAGCAUAAGGCUGCAGAUUUCCUGUACUUUGUAAGAACCCAGGCUCGCUGAGAUUACCAGGUUUUUAAAGUAAUUUUUAAAGACUUGGGUAUAAAAGAGAUAUAAUUCAGGGGUUUUAGUUUUAGAAAGCAGAGACAAUAGUGUGAGGGCAGGAAUGUGUUCAAAAUUGUCAGUAACUCUUACAGUUUAAGCAAUAUAUCCUGUCAGCAUGGCUAUGUAAGUUGUAUGUUAUAAGAAACAAGCUGUAACUAUUAAAUACUAUUUUUCAUUGGGGAUGUUUUUCCAUUUUCUUCCUAAGACCCUGGUUUAAGAGUUAAAACACGUAGCUAUGUACAAAUAACUCCUGUCUUGAUUUUUUUUAAGAGGAAAAAUUAAAAAAACAAAAAAAUCUAAUAAGUGUUAACAUUUAAGUUCAUCAUUAUGCAUUAUUUGAUGUGUUUUGUGUGAUACAUAUUCUUAGAUGAGUGCAGUAAGCCCAGACAUGUGGAAUAUAGAAAUUCAUUAUUCAUAAAUGCUGGAAUCAUUUUGAAGUUGCCAUACCUCAACAUUUUCUUUCAGAAAAAGUCCCUCGAGUCCAUAAACUCUAGACUUCAGCUGGUUAUGAAAAGUGGUAAAUAUGUACUGGGAUACAAGCAGACUCUGAAAAUGAUCCGACAGGGCAAAGCCAAGUUGGUCAUACUAGCCAACAACUGUCCAGCUCUAAGGUAAGUGUGUAUCUACAGCAGUUUCUCAACCUUUUACUGACUUCUAUUUUAGCCCCCUAGUCUUGUGCUGUGGCCCCCCAUUUAUGUGAUUUUCACCUGUGGCCUCCUUGGAAUAUCCUGAUCCCUGGUUGGGAAACAGUGAUGUCCCCUAGUUGGGUAACAAUGAUCUAUAGUACUGAAAACUUGAGAUUUUGUAAACAAAUUGAGCAUGUUGUUUAGAUGGCCAGGGUUUAAAAAUAAUAAUAACAACCAAAAAUUGUUUUAAGUGGGACUCCUGUGCACACUUGCCUGGGGGCAAGCCCCAUUGAACUAAGUUAGAAUUACUUUUCAACAAGCAUGCAUAGUAUUGUGCUGUUAAUGUUAGGUGUAAUCUCUCACUAAAAUAAUUUUAUAAAAUAAGUUGCUCCAAGUAAUGAUGAAGGUAGGUAUGUAGACUUGGCCACAUUUUCACCAUCAUAUUUUUGCUCUUGGUAAAUGGGAGAUAAAUAAACCUUGACGCCAUGACCCAAAAUGUACUGGAAAUAUUGAUUUAGCACUUAAACAUGACUAUUUUUGCUAUGGCAUAGUAAUGUUCCAUAAUCCCUUAUAAAACAAAGAUAUCUUUAUAGCUGCUAGACUCCCUAUCUAGAUAGUAGAAGGUUGCAGGGAUAAAUCAUGAAGUCUUUCAUGAGGAAUAAUGUUUAGUGCUCAUGUGAAAUUUCCAGCCUGUAUUGUAGAUUAAAACCCAUAAAUUUAAACUGGUUUUGCUUCCAUGUGUGUUUAAUUCUCAGGAAAUCAGAAACUGAAUACUAUGCUAUGUUGGCCAAAACUGGUGUGCACCACUACAGCGGUAACAAUAUUGAAUUGGGUACAGCUUGUGGAAAGUACUACAGAGUGUGUACACUUGCCAUCAUUGACCCAGGUAUGUGUUUAUUUGGUACCACAAUACCCUUGGAUAUGCUGAAGAGUCUUAAGGUGAUUUACUUCUAUCGAAGUCCAUUCAUUACACUCUUUGGAAAUUGUCCUGAUUCUAAACCCCCUGCUCUUCAUAUAUUUAUUAGAGAGCACAGUCCCUUUAGAGCUAAAUCAUAGUGAACUUCACCAAGCUUGCAUUAUAUUGUAGUCUGAAUCAGUUAAUUCUGCAGAUACAUAGAAUCCAACCCACUCCAACGUCUCAUCUUCAAAAUAUCUAGUCAGUUUAAGUAAUAUCUUACUGUCUAAAAGCCAUUACUCUCAAUCUACUCCUUAAGGUAUUGCAUUUUGAACUUUUAAAGCACUGCGAAUAUUCUCGCUGUCCUGAUAUUUCAGUGAUCAGGGCAGGCUAGACAUUCGCUAUAUUAUAACUAUGUAGUGUGUCCCCAGAACUAGAUUUGCCUCCCUAGUUCUGGUUUUUAACUGCAAGUAACAUCUUUAGAGUGUACUUCCCCAUAUAAUUAAAAGUUUUGAAUUUAUGAUGGAAAAUGUUCAUCUAAAAGGAAAAAUGGGUUGUUGGCAUCUUGAUACGAAGAAUUAAUUGUGCAGCACUAUUUGCUUAUAGUGUUUGUUAAAAUAUGUCUUUUCUCCCUCCCAACAGGUGAUUCUGACAUCAUUAGAAGCAUGCCAGAGCAAACCAGUGAGAAGUAGAUAUUGCUGAACUUUACAUUUUGUGUAAUAAAACUGGUUACAAAUCUACCAUUGGCAGGAGCUUUCUUGAGUUGCAUAUAUUCAUAGUUGCAAAACAUGAAGACCACAAGAUUGGGGAAGCCAGGUCCACAAACUUUGGAGCGCUGAUGUGCUUUUGACUGCAUCUUUAGUAGAAGUUGUACUACCUUAUUCUCCACCCUCUAGAACGUAGUGCCUUGCAGCUGUGAAAGCAGAAUGUUUUCUCAUACUUGGCUCAAAACUAGUUCAGGCAACAAAAAUGUCAAUAGUCACUCAGAAAGGGAGGCAAUUGCUUAACAGAAUUUAUAUUAAUGGGAGUUUUGUGAAUUUGGGUUGUCUACCAUAAUACCCUGCCCAUUUCAUCUGGUAACAUUACUGGCUUUGCCACGCAAACCUGUGGCAAAUAAGGUAUGAAUUUGCAAACAAGGGUGCUAUCAAUUGAAAAUGAUAUAAGAUUGUUACUAUUUGCUACCUUCCCUUCACCCUAAGGUGAAGUUUCAAAAAUUAAAUAAAAUUUAAAAUGGGGCUUCUGGGUUCUGUAUUCAAAUAGGUAAGUGAUCUGGGUGUUGCUCUAAAAUUCAAAAAUAAUGGAGAUAAUAAUUAUUAUCAGCCUUUGGUCUGAUAAUCAUAAGUGAAAAUCAAAUGUUUUCAGAAAUAUUCAGAGGUGGCUUCCAAGGGCUCUAGAAGAAGCUUUAUUUUAUCAUCGCGGCUCAACCAAAAGUAUUUAUAUAAAUUCUCAAAUGAUCAGAACUUUGAUUUCAGGGGCAGCUCUGUUUCUUACAAUGCUGGAAUAAAAAUGUCUUGCGACUUUUUAAGCUCCAGAAGCCAAAAGGUCUUGGAAUCAGUAACGUUCUUUCUUGGCAGCAGAAAGGCGUCUGGGAUAGUAGCUUGAGAUAAAGCCACUAAAAAAUCUAGAUACUGGGAAGGAAACAAGACUGUUGGGACUUGGGCUUCACUUUUCACGUAAUUCAGAGUUGGAGCUGCCUGUAUUUCUUAGACUAUUAAUGCUGAAUUGUACAGUUGUAACAAUAACCCAAAUGUGCAUUCUGGCAUAAAAGCCAUUUUCUCAAUGUACUAAGCGGUCAUCCCCUCUUUUGCCCUAUUGGCUGAUAUUUUUAGAGUGUAGUUGCAUCUAGCGCCAUGUUCUUUAGGAUAUCAAAGCUGAGAUUCAGCUUUGGGGUAGUACUGCAUGUUGCAAUACCACAAGUAUCCCAAACUUGUGUUUACUGGUUAACAUGAGUGGGGUUUUUAUCAGGAGGAGGUGCAUAUGUGUGCUUAAAUUUGCUAGCCAAGGUGCUCCUACCAGUGCCUCAGACUAUUUUUCCCUGGAGGGUUAAAACAUCUUUCCCCUUAUUGGUAUUUUAGGACAAGCUUGGGAAGCUGCUUGGUAACAUGUACAUGGUUCCACUGUCUCAAUGUCUCUAAACAAUUUAAACUGUUCUUUUAAAAGCACCAUUUUAAUAUUUCAUAGCUUAUCUCAAUUGAUAAAAAUAUUACAAUUGUAUAAAAAAUUAAAUCUUGCCAUUUUUUUCUGCAGUCAAUACAAAAAUGCAGUCUUGAAGUACUGGAAGCAUAAAUUCUUUCUUCCAGCAGGAGACUGGCUCUUUUACAUAGCUUAGAUUUGCUCUCUUCAUAUGUAUAAAUAUCCAACUCAGCACAUACUUUUGAGAACGCCAUCAGUAUCUUAAUCGAUUUUCCAGGGCUUCCAUUCUUUUUGACAUUUCUUCUAGUAAUCUUAAAUUAAGGAAACACCUCUUCACUCUUAUUUAUAAUAUUAUAAAGUAUAGACUACAGCAGCACUGUAUUAAUGGUUAGAAAUUUUCAACCAACUUGUACAUAAUGAGGAUCCCACAUAAGGCUGUUCAGUAGAAGUAACUUGUCCUGAUUCUGGUCUUCCCAGAGGCAUGAAGAUCAGCACAGUGUAUAACAGUAUAUUGGCUUAGGUAGGCCUUUGGCAAGGGUAAGAGCAAUAAGCCUGCUCCUGCUGUAAUAGAGUGUACUGCUAUGCUGUUGCAAAUACACUUCUAGGUAUAUCGGUGAGAGGAGAUGAGUUAGCCUGUUUCCCACACUUCUUACCUGCAUGUUCUUGGCUGGAAUGGGCUGCAUUUGUACUCAAAGAUCAUCCAAGAAUUUAUCACUACAUGAAAUAGCCACAUUACCCAUUUGUAAAGUGCACAUGUAAGCCCUACGCAGGUGAUGCACCUUUGUGGAUUGAAGUAGCCUAUGAGGCAUAGUCCUAACUACCUAUUUGAUGUUGCAAAGCUUGGUAUAUUCUUUAUUUUUCUGAAUUGAAACAUUAUAUAUUGGCCACAGUUCUGAAUUUUGAUGUGGCCGCUAGAGGGAGUCUGUGUUCCACAUUUAUCACCACUAACAUUCUUUCAGAAAGCCACCAGGUAAGCUAAAAUUGCCCCGCUGCUACUGCUUGUGCCUCUGAUCUCAGCCUCCCUGACACAGUUCAACAGGCUAAGGGGGUUCAGAGGAAAAGUCCUUAUAUCAUUAAUGAAAAGCAGAGGUUCUAGUGGAAUAGGAAAAGGUAUGGAUGCCCUUUCUCUCCCACCCCAUUCCACAAAAUACUGUGGAUGCUGGCUAUUUAGAGUAGAUGGGAUUGCAACCAACAGGAUUUGCAUCCUAUUAAAGACUAAAUGUGAUUUAACUAUAAAUCUGCGUGUCAAUUGAGGAUUUGCUGUAUUAGUUUCUCAGAAGCUGAGAAUUUAUGAAAUAGGUAUAUAAAAAAGGAUAUGUUGUCGUGUUAGUUUUUUAACUUCAGCAUUUGCAAAAUUCUGGAACGUCAUAAAGUUUUCACAUUUACAUGGGUCUUUGUCUUCUGAAGGAUUUCCUGAAAAACAGAUGGGAGAGGUUUAGAAAACCGUACUGUAACACAUUAACUAAAUAAAUACAGAUCCAAAU